CUAGUGUGUGUCUGACAUCACCGGAAAUGAAAACAGGCCAAGGGGCAGACGUGGGCAAGAAGAGAAACUUACAUAAUUCCACACAACGAUUUGGUUAAAUUGUCCAUAGUUCAGCAUUCCUCUGGAUCUUCUCGAGGUUUGUGAGGAUGGUGGAACCCAGUGGGAGAUAUCAGCAGUUACCCAGUGAUGAGGAAGCGGAGGCGGGGCCUCAGGUGAGUUCGGAUGCUCCGCCCCCUUACAGCAGCAUUGCAGCAGACAAUGCAGCAUAUUUUGAUUAUAAAGAAGACUCUGCGUUCCCCAAACCUCCAUCGUACAACGUAGCCACAUCGCUGCCGUCGUAUGAUGAGGCUGAGAGAAGCAAGGCGGAGACUUUUGUUCCUCUGGUGACCGGAAGACACAGGGAACAUCUGGACACUUUUGAUGAUGUAACUCGAGCACUGGAGGAUGAAGACUUUGUGGCCAGAGAUGACUUUGAGGAUGCAGACCAGCUGCGAAUCGGCAACGAUGGCAUUUUCAUGCUUACGUUUUUUAUGGCAUUUCUGUUCAACUGGAUCGGUUUCUUCCUGUCCUUCUGUCUGACCACGUCAGCAGCAGGUCGUUACGGUGCCAUCUCCGGCUUCGGCUUGUCCCUCAUUAAGUGGAUCCUGAUCGUGAGAUUUUCUACAUAUUUCCCCGGCUACUUUGAUGGUCAGUAUUGGCUGUGGUGGGUGUUCCUGGUGCUUGGUUUUCUGCUGUUCCUCAGAGGAUUCAUCAACUACGCCAAGAUCCGCAAAAUGGCCGACUCUUUCUCGACUCUCCCAAGAACCAGAGUCCUCUUUAUCUAUUAAAGCUUCAUGUCCUUAAGCUUCUCAGCUUGGUGGAAAUUUCCGGCCUCCAGAAAGGGACCACCUACAGAAAAAAGAAGACUGAAACACCCUCCAUGCGUAAUGCAGUAAAAGGAAGUCACUUGCUUAUUUCAGGAUGGUGAUGAGGAGGGAUUUAUUUUUUUUUCUUGCUUUGAUUAACGCCACUCGAUGGAUGGCGUGAUACACUCUCGAUGUUUGUAGCUGUAAUCUUGUGGAUGCUGAGCUCUCCGUCACUGUGCAGGAAUCAUUAGUGAUUUUAAGGUUAACCGCUUUUUUGCAUUCUUGGAUUUGUAAAUGCCAUGUGAUCAUCUGCUGUGUAGCAACAGCAUGCAUUAUGCCCUGAUAGCCCAUAGGGGGCAGUCUUGUUGUUUUCUUUUCUUUAGUUUUCAUUUACUCUUUUUUUUUUUUUUUUUUUUUUUCUCCCUGUAAUGACGUUGAACACAGAAGCAGCCAGUUGCAGUUGGUCACCAACCAUUCACAAAUAUCUCUUCUUCCUUUUUGUGAAUGGCAGUGUUAGAUGAAAUGAAUUAAAAGUAGUACUUCUCUCUCUCUCUCUCUAUUUUAUUCGAGUUAUGUGUGAUGUGGUCAGGCAGUAUGCUUUUAUUGUCUGUGUAUUUAUUUUAAACAUGGGAAGUCCCAUAAAAUAAAAGCUGGAGUGCAGUUAUGGAGUGUUUUGUACGUGUUGUAUGUCACACCAUGUGGAAUUGAACUAUAACUCGAAAUAAAUAUUUAUCCCUUUAUGUUUUGCCUAUAUUGUCAUCCAUCAAAGAAAUAAAAACAUCUCUUCAAAGCCCA